UCCUCAUGACCUUGUGAUUUUUAUGAGACAAGAGGCAAGAGUGAGCUACCUGAAAGAGCUUGAGAAACAGCUGGUUGCACAGAAAAUCCACAUUGAGGAAAAUGAAGACAGAGACACAGGCCUAGAACAAAGACAUUAUAAAGAAGAUUUGGACUGUGUCAAAGCAAAAGUUCCUCUGGGAGAUCUUGAUCUUUAUGAUGGUACUUUCAUCUCUUUGGAGAGUAAAGGCAUUAGUCCAGAAGACUAUUUAGAUUCCAGAAUGCCUCUUUCUCCUUACCUAGCGGUGCCUGACUGCACAACAGCACUAGAGCUUCCAUACAGCAUUCAUGCUUUUCACCAUCUACGGGGUGUUCAGGAGAGGGUGAACUUGACUGCUCCUCUCUUAUCUAAAGAAGAUUCUAUUUUUAAUUCCAUAUCUUUGAAGCAUUGGAGUUUUGAAGAAGUGGGACAUCGAAUUCAUGAGGCCAUGAAAAAAAAUUCCUCCUCAUGGGUGUUGUAUAACAUGGCUGCUUUUUAUUGGCGAAUGAAAAUGAACCGGCACGUAGUGAAUGUGCAUCGGCACUUCACUUUUGCCAGGCAACACAAAGAUGUGGCCCUAAUCAACAUGGCCAAUGUGUUGCAUCGAGCCCAUUUCUCUGCUGAUGCAGCUAUUUUGGUCCAUGCAGCUUUGGACAUCACUGCAGAUUUCUUGACUAGCCAUUACACUCUGGUAACAUCUAUGCG